CCGUUCCCAUCACCAACCCUCUAUUCAUCUUCAAGAGUUACACUUACGACAAUCACCAUCACUGGUAGAGUUCCCAUUGGUUCAGUGGUGACUGGAUUUGUAGUACAGUGGCAAAGAGACACCUCAGUUGGAUGCUCUGAUGAAGACGAAGGAACAAUUGCUGUAAAUAGUACCUUUGCUACCUAUGUGAUAAGUGGACUAGAACCGGGAAAUAGGUAUUUGAUCACUGUGAGACUAUUCAAUGCAGCUGGUAGUGGUCCAGUCAGCAAUACCAUUACUGCUUCAACGGAAGAAUCAGCUCCUUCUAGUCCACCCUCGUCAUUCAGGAGAGUUACAAUCACACCAAACAGCAUCACUGUCCAGUGGGGAGAAUUAGAGUGUCUCGGUCGCAAUGGAGUCAUAACUGUUCCAUUCCCAUCACCAACCCUCAAUUCAUCUCCAAGAGUUACACUUACAACAAUCACCAUCACUGGUAGAGUUCCCACUGGCUCAGUGGUGACUGGCUUUAUAGUACAGUGGCAAAGAGACACCUCAGUUGGAUGCUCUGAUGAAGACGAAGGAACCAUUGCUGUAAAUAGUACCUUUGCUACCUAUGUGAUAAGUGGACUAGAACCGGGAAAUAGGUAUUUGAUCACUGUGAGACUAUUCAAUGCAGCCGGUAGUGGUCCAGUCAGCAAUACCAUUACUGCUUCAACGGAAGAAUCAGCUCCUUCUAGUCCACCCCGGACAUUGAGGAUAGUUACAAUCACACCAAACAGUAUCACUGUCCAAUGGGGAGAAGUAGAGUGUCUCGGUCGCAAUGGAGUCACAACAGGUUACACUUUCCAAGUAUUGAGGAAUGGGGGAGUUGAAGGAACAGUUGAAGUUAGUGGUGAUGUUCUAGAAGCAACUGUACCUGGGCUGACUCCAUCUACUACAUACAUUGUUAAAGUGGCAGCAGUCAAUCGUGUUGGUGCUGGACCUUUCACCAGCAGCAUCUUCUUUCAGACUGAAGCACUUGUGGUUGGACUGGAGAGAACAUUCUACACCGUCUCAGAAUCAGAGGAAGCUGUUGAGAUUUGUAUCACUGCAGUAGGAGUCAAUACUCCAUGUCCCAGCACUCAGUCUUUUCAGGUCACCCUUUCAACCACUGAUGAAAGUGCAGUGAGCCCUUCACACUAUGAAGCCCUGAGUGAAGUGUUGACGUUUGCUCGCUGUGACACCCGACAUUGUGUGAAUGUGAGCAUCACGGAUGAUCUGGUGAACGAACCAGAGGAGACAUUUUCCCUCAGUCUCAAUAAGAUAUCAUCAUUCGUAACUCUCAGUACAACAGCUGGAGAGGUGCUCAUUACUGAUGAUGAU